ACUAACUAUUACUUGGUAUGCGAACAAGAAAUCUUUCUUGUUUCAAUGUGAACUUGGUGGUAAGCUGAAGGACUUAGUGAUUAACUUAUGCAGUAAUAAAACCCAAAUUCACGAAUCUGAAACGAAUGAGAAUAAAAUUGUUGACCGAUUACUUAAUGAAUUUUGCGACGUUAAGACGAAAGUUCGUCAGUUGUCUGCAGUUAUGAAUAAUCUUUCUGAAGACAUUGCCAUGGUUACAAAUUAUAUUAAAUCUCAAGAUAUUGGUUCCAAAAGCGCGAAGUGUAAUGUUGCUGUGCAAACGGAUUUGUAUCCAGCAAACGAGACCACUAAUCAAACUCAAGUGUGUAGCCCUGCCCCAGUCAUAAUGGAAUUAGAUCUAGUUAUAAUGGAAUCAAAGUUCAAUCGAAUAUGUACAGAAAUUGCCGAUAUACAAAAGAAUCAAAAAGAGAUAACGCAGCAUGUAAACUGCAAGUUGGAUUCAGAUGCCUAUUUAAUCGAAAAUGAAAAAUUCAUUGAUCAAAUUCAAGCAUUAAAUUCGGAAAUGGAAAAUUACAAAGCAAAUUCGAAUAAUGCAGGAAAAUCUUUAGGCGACAACAAACGUGCCCAACAACAUAACAACAUAACAAUUCAAAUAGAACAAAAGAAGCACCCAGAC